AUGAAUAAAAUAUUUAAUGUUUGCAGACAUUCUUUAAUGGUAUGUAAAUUGUAUAUUAUCGUUUUAAUUCAUAUCUACGGAUUUAAUAUUAAAUGUAUUAUGGAGUAAAAAUAUGUUUUUUAAUAAAUAAAUUAUAUUGGUAUACUUAUUAUAAUAGAACCCUAAAUUAAUUUUUGUAUAAUUUAAAUUUUUUUACUUUCAUUGAUAUUUAGUAAUUAAUUCGUAAAAUUUGUAUAAGUUGAUUUCAUAUAAUCUACUAGUUUAUGUAAUUAUUGAACUUUUUAAUAUUUUAUUGUAUAUUAUUUGAGUAGGUACUUAUAUUGACAUUUCAAAAUGAUUGUGUUUGUUUAUAAAAAUAUUUUUCUUUAUUGGUAAAUUGUACCGAAUACAUAAUAAUACGGAACAAAUUUAAUUUAGGGUUCAAGUUCAUUUUUCAAAUCUUUUUUUUCAAAAUGUGUUUUAAUGCUUAAUCUAUUAAUAUAAGUAAAAUUUACCUAUCAUACUUACUUUUGAAAUUAUUGUCCAUAAAGAAUUUUGGGUGCACCUAAAAACCUGGCAGGAUCACUCACUCGCUCGGAUUGUUUUAAUCAAAAAUAAUGCUUGAUUUGUUGUGCAAAAUCACGUCUCGUAGAAUAUAGAAAUAGGGAAAAUUAAGCCAGAUCAACUUAUUCAGACUUAAAUAAAAAAAACUUUGUUAUCAAAAUAUCAUUAAAUACAAAUCAUAAUAAUAAUUUAAAAAAUGUAUUUUCGACCACAUCUUUGAUUAAUUCCAAAAAUGCUAUUUUUAAGGUUUAUGUAUAAUAACUUUAAAAGUAAGUAUAAUAGGUAAGUUUUGAUUAUACCAAUGGAUUAAGUAUUAAAAAACAUAAAUUUUGAAGAAAACAAAGUUUGAAAAUAUUAAAUUCUCACUAAGAAAUACAUGAAACAGGAAACUCGAACUUCAUGAAGUUUUUCCACAUAACUUUCAAAUGAAGUUCAUCCUCUUUUUUUUUAUUUAGAUUCUUAAUUUAAGGCCAAAAACACACAUUUUGAAAAAAAAAAUUUUAAAAAUGAGCUUAGGACCCAAACUAGAUUUAUACCAAUAAUACAUGCACUUCUGUUCCAGAACUAAAAUCAAUAAUAAAAAAAAAAAAUGGUAGAUAGUAAAUAUUUUAGAAUAACUUGCAUAAGAAUGUUAAACAAUUUUAUUAUGAAGUUGGGAAAAGUAUAAACAAUGUUUCAAAAUAAAAUAAUAAUAAUUGCAUCACUUUUUCAUGUCAUAUAAAACAAAAAUGUAUGUAUGCAACAAAUUAUUUAUAAUUUCAUUAGUUAUACAUUGAAAAUAUUAAAUUAUAAGUAAUAAUAAUAUACUAAAUAUAUAUUGAAGUAGAAAUUAAUACCUUAUUUUUUUCUGAUUUCAGAAAAAAUUUAAUUUAUUGACUAUCAAAAGUCGCAAUUAUGAUCAAAUUAUUGAUAUUAAAACACCAUCAGAUUCUUCAAUGGAUUUAAUGAGGAGCCGUUUAAUAUACCAAUCAAGAAAAAGAGGGAUAUUAGAAAAUUGUAUUAUUUUUACCUCAUUUGCAGACAAGUAUUUAAAUACAUUUGAUCGUGCCCAGUUGCAAAAGUAUGAUGCAUUGAUCAAUAGCGAACAUGAUGAAUGGGACUUGUAUGCUUGGACUAUUGGAUCUAAGUCGCCACCACAAGAAUUUGAUAAUGACGUAAUGAGCCUUUUGCAGAAUCAUAUUAAAAAACAAAACCAUAAUAGUAAAUAA